AUGGCGGAUUCGAUCAUGGAUGCCCCCAAAAUGGGCAACAAAGGCCCGAAAAUGAUGGCGGUGAUGUGGUCAAUGACAACUCUUGCCACGUUUCUCGUUAUCGCUCGUUUAUGUGUCCGACAACGAAUGUUACGCAACUUCGGGUUCGAUGACUGGUUGAUCGGAGCAUCUAUGAUCUUCGGUCUAACUUACGUUGCAACUACGACAGUCUCAGUGGCUUACGGAUAUGGGCAACACAAGAUGAAUCUUAAACCUAGGUCCGCUGAGCUCGCCCUCAUGUGGAAUAUGAUCUCGUUCAUUUUCGGAAUUAUAUCCUUCGUAAUACCGAAGCUUGCGGUUGCUGCACUGCUCCACCGAAUACUGAACCCAAACCUUACCCAACGUAUAAUAGUGUGGGGUCUUGUCAGCUUGGUUGCUGUCAUUGCCCUUGUCAACAUCCUGAUCUAUGUUACCAUGUGUGAUCCACCACAGGCACUUUGGAAGAGCUCGAUGAUAUUGAACGGGGAGGCGAAGUGCAGGGAUAUUUGGAUUCUUAUAAACUAUGCCACAUUCAAUGGAGGUGAGAGGUGUUCGAUGGGUCUCGUUAUUCCCGUGACAGUGACUGAUUACCGCCAUGCAUGGACAGCCUUCUCUGCAUUUGUCGACCUUUUCCUCGCAAUUUAUCCCGGGGUCGUUCUAUUCAAGCUUCAAAUAUCAUUACGCAAAAAGAUUGCUCUGACUGCUGCGCUUGGUCUGGGCUCAAUUGCGGCUGCAACUGCAAUGGUCAAAUGCACUCAGAUCAAAGGUCUGGCUGACCAGACAGAUCCAACAUUUAGCACUGUAUCUCUUGUGGUUUGGACAAAUGUCGAAGCCAAUGUCGUUGUCAUUGCUGCCUGCAUACCAACAUUACAACCGGUGCUCGAACUUAUUCUGAGAAAACUGAAACUCGUUUCGACAUCUAAGUGUCACUCCAAGCCAUCAUCUUAUGCGCAGCACAAAGUAUACGACAAUCAACCGAGCUCCCGGACUUACGUGUCAAAAAAAGAAAGAACAAUCUCAUUGCACAGAAAGGAGAGCCAGGAAAGUAUUCUAGAUGACUUGGAGCAAUACCAAAUACGGCGCACAGAUGAGGUUCACGUUGAAUAUGAGAUGCAACGACCGAAAUAG